AUUUACAGAGAUAUUAAUCGCCAUGAUUAAGAAAGAAACAGGUACUGCAGUGAGGAGGUCUAGCCCUACUUCUUCAGAAGCAGACAUUCUUGUUGAAAAACAAAUGCAGAGGGAUAAUAACACUCAGAUAGGAGUACUAGCUCAAAACAUCUAUUCAAUAAAGAAACUAUCCAAAAAUAUCACCUCGACUCUUAAAGACGAGGAAAGCUUAAUGAAUGACCUUGAGGAUGGAUUCGGUAAGAGUGACACUAUGAUGAGUAAGACAAUGGGCAAGUUAGACCAGCUCAUGAACUCUAGCGGCGGCAAUGUCCUAUGUCUGACAAUUGCAUUUACUGUAUUCGUGCUUGUAUUACUCUGGAAAAUGACAUAGAGCUAAGUUUUCUCUCUUAAUAAAAUUUCAGUUA